CGGUGUUGGGCGGUGGUGUGGAACCAUGGAGACCAUGCGGGUUCUGGUGUUACUGGCGUGGGCAGCAGUGCUGGUAGCUGCUCAACGGCGAGAUGAAAUCAGUAAUCGAGCAAAUCUGCAGUAUUUGUUCGAUCGCCCGGUGGAACCCAUUUACUAUGCGAAAGGAGAGAAUGAAGAUGUGAUCUUUAGAGUUCCUGAUGACUACGUGCCUCGGAGGUAUCAGUCAAAAGCCAAUGAACUGACAAAUCGUUUCGGAGACAGCACUCCAAUCAACGUUCCACGCAUCAAUGUCCCAGAUAUUUCGCUCCCUAUGCAGCUGGGCCGCAGAGAUCAAUUCUCACUAUUCAUCCCUUACCAUAGGCGCAUGGCUCGCCGACUCGACUUCGUGUCCGCGGGCGUGUUCUGCCGCGAGCGCAUCAACCCGUUCCUCUUCUCGUACGCGAUGAGCAUCGCCAUCUUGCACCGGAACGACACCCAGGGCGCGCAGCUGCCGCUCUUCGCCAGCCGCUUCCCGGAAAAGUUCUUCGACGGCUCCAUCUUCUCCAAAGCCCGCGAAGAGGCCAACUUGGUUAACACCGGCGAGCGGAUCCCGCUGGAAAUCCCGCUGGACUACACCGCCACCAACUUGGAGCCCGAGCAUCGCGUGGCCUACUUCCGCGAGGACGUGGGCAUCAACCUGUGCCACUGGCACUGGCACCUCGUCUACCCGUUCAGCGGGCCCCCAGCCGUCGUGCGCAAGGACCGCAGAGGCGAGCUCUUCUAUUACUUCCACCAGCAGAUCAUCGCCAGCAACCGCUUGGGCAGAGUGCAGCGCCUCCUCAACUGGAGGGACCCCAUCGAGGAAGGCUACUUCCCCAAGUUGGACAGCCUGGUUUCCAGCCGCGUGUGGCCCCCGCGCCAUGCUGGAGCGAAACUCUCGGACAUUAAUCGCGAGGACAUGCAGAUCACCUUCGACAUCCAAGACCUCGAGCGCUGGAGAGACCGCAUCUACGAGGCCAUUCACAGCGGCCGCGUGCAGGCGGAAAAUGGACAAAGCAUGCAACUAGAUGCGCGAGCAGGAAUCGACAUUUUAGGAAAUAUGAUUGAAGCCAGCGCCAUUUCAGUCAAUCCGAAUCUAUACGGGGACAUGCACAACUUGGGUCACGUGGCCAUCGCUUUAUGUCACGACCCGGAUCACAGGCAUUUGGAAACAUUCAGCGUCAUGGGUGACUCCACAACUGCGAUGAGAGACCCAGUGUUCUACCGUUGGCAUGCAAUGAUUGACGACAUUUUCCAAGAGCAUAAGCGAACACUCGCUCCAUACACCGUGCAAGAGCUGGCGUUCGACGGCAUCCAAGUGACGGGGGCGGAAGUGCAGACGAACGGGGCGCGCGGCAGCAACGAAUUCAACACCUUCUGGCAGCAGAGCGACAUCGAUCUCUCGCGCGGGCUCGACUUCGCGCCGCGCGGCUCCGUCUUCGUGCGCAUCACCCACCUGCAGCACUCGCCCUUCAGCUACCGCAUCCAGGUGCAAAAUUCUGGAGCUGCACGUACUGGAACUGUGAGAAUUUUCAUGGCUCCUCGAUUCGAUGAACGUGGAACGCCCCUGACUUUCCGCGAACAAAGGCUGUUCUUCAUCGAAAUGGACAAAUUCCAAUUCAACUUCCAGCCUGGUGCCAAUACUAUUCAGCGUUUGAGUACCCAGAGUUCGUUGACAAUCCCGUACGAACGAACCUUCCGAGAUUUGAACGCCAUUCCAACCGAGGCUGGCGACGCACAAGACCAAUUUAACUACUGUGGAUGUGGUUGGCCGCAGCACAUGCUCGUGCCAAAGGGAUCUCAGGAGGGUCUUCAAGCUGAUCUCUUUGUCAUGGUCUCCAACUUUGCUGAUGAUAGGGUGGAUCAGCCGACGGCGGCGCAGUCGACCUGCACCGCGGGCCACAGCUACUGCGGCAUAUUCCGCCAGAACUUCCCGGACCGCAGGCCUAUGGGGUACCCCUUUGACCGCAACCCCCGCCAGGGAGCCACCACCCUCAACCAGUUCCUCACUCCCAACAUGAUUGUGACUCCAGUCACCAUCCGCUUCAGCGAACAAAUUCGCCAGCCCGGCAAUUCUACCAUGAACAUUUGUGAAAUACAUUUAUUUCUAAGCAUUGUGUUGUAUUUAACAAUUAAUCCUCUUCCCAUAUUUUCAAAUCCUUUUUGA